AUGCGCUUCUCCGCUUUCGCCCUCCUCUCGCUGGUCUCGGUAGCCUUUGCUGGCAACUGUGGACCUCAAAAUGGAAACGCAAAGUGCGCUGCCACCGAGUGCUGCUCCCAGUACGGCUGGUGCGGAACCACCGUCGACCACUGCGACGCAAAGACCUGUCUGCACCCCUUCUCCGGCGCCUCAUCAUCAUGCAAGCCCACCCAGACCACAAUGAAGACUAGCGCAACCAAGCCAGCCACCUCCCCUGCCACUACCUUCCCCACCGCUGUUCCCGAGAUCGAUGUCUGCGGCCACGCUCAAGGCGGUGUAACCUGCCCCGGUGCCGGUGCCAGCGGCUACUUCUAUCGCUGCUGCUCCUCCGCCGGUCACUGCGGCCCCAAGAACGACAUCCAGGACCAGGCUCUGUACUGCGGCUCCGGCUGCCAGGCUGGAUUCGGAAAGUGCGACAACCAGAAGGCGCCUGCUGAGCCUACUGCCCCCAAGGGUACCUCUGGUGCUGGAGAGACUUGCGGUCCUAUUGUUAACAAGAAGUGCGCUGCUGGUCUUUGCUGCUCUGGUUCCAACUUCUGUGGCACUGGUGAGGACUUCUGUGGCCGCGGCAAACUCCAUCCCAACGAAACCGACCCCAACACCAAAUUCUUCCGCUGCAUACAAUGCAAGUCCAUAACGCCCCUCCUUAUGGACCGUACCACCGUAACCCUCCCCGACGAACUCCCCUGGUGGCGCUGGAAAAUCUGCAUGCGACGCCUCGAAAAAGAAGCCUCGGAGUUCUGGCUCGUGCGUCUCCAAACACUACCGCAUAGCGGGUGGUUCCGUGAGAUACCACAGGAUUGGGAUGCUGAUCGGCAGGUCAAGGAGAUCAAGACACAUGUACGUUAUGACGAUGCGGUCAAGUUUAUGGACGUGCCGAGGAAAGUGUGGGCGAUGCUGCCAUAUGGAUUUAGUUUGGAUAAUCCAGUGGAGAGCCCUGAGGCGCUGGCGUUGGAGGAGUGUUUGUCAGGCGAGUUGAAGAGACUUUCUGUUCAACGCAAGUUGUUUAACACAAAGGAGAUUUUGGACCAUAUGGCUGCUGUGGGGAGGGAUGCGUUGAAGCCGGUUGUUGUACAAGAUGCGAGUGCGAGAUUAGGCAAUCCUGUUACGCCGCCGGGGUAUGAGGCGUAUCGCGACUUCUUGUGCGAGUGGACUGCAAGAGGCGUGCUCAUGUGUCCUAUGGGACGGAUGUCGAUUCUGGAAUUUUUGAGGAAUAUGGAUAAGAAUAAUGAAAAGGCUUGGUGGAAGGACGUAGGUGAUGUCUUCUUUGAUCCGUAG